ACUUCACUCUGUCUGACAGCUUCUAUUUAAGUUAUUACUUGAUUCAACAAAUCUGGUCAGGCCUGGGUGUGGCCAGUGAAAUUGAACUCAGCUUUCCAAGAACUGUGGUUAGUCACAGUUAGCUCAUGAUUUAACAACAGGGGCAAUUACUUUUUCACAUAGGGCCAGAAAGGUUUGGAUUUUUUCCCUUUGAUAAAUAAAAUCAUCAUUUAAAAACUGCAUUUUGUAUUUACUUGGGUUGCCUUAGUGAGCUAUUAAAAUUGAUUUGAUGAUCCAAAACAUUUAAGUGAGAUAAAUAUGCAAAAAAAAUCAGGAAUCAGAAAGGGGGCAGAUACUUUUUCACUGGCAAUGUAUAAGAAUUAUGGAGGCCACUUUGCCACUGGGAACCUUUAAGUGCAGCAGACGAGCUCAGAUCUCUGAGCUCAGAGACAGGAUUCUUUGACCUCAUGGUUUGGUUUUUGCUCUGAUAUGCAUUGUCGGGUGUUGGGCCUUCUAUAGAGAGGUGAGUUUCUUUCUAAAUAAUGUCCGGUCAAUUUUUUUAACAGUUAUAGUUAUAUUUAUUAUAGUUAUAUUUCAAGUUAUAUUUCAUUUUUUUAAAUAAAAUUGCAAAAAACAAAAACAAUUAUCAGAUUCUGUUUUCACUCUGUCAUGAUGGGGUACUGAGUGUAGAUUAAUGAAAUAUAUAUAGUAAAGUAUAUAUUUUCGACUAUUCUAGCGCCAGACUGUACCACAAGAAAAAUCUUAAAAAGUGAAGGUGGUCUAAAUAUUUUCUGAAUGCACUUUGAAAGGUAAAUGAGACUGCUUUGUAAAAAGUUUUCCAAGACUGUCACAAAAACGUACAAACCUAAAGUAAAAGUGAAAUAUUUAAAAAACCCUAAAUGUACCAGAGAUGAUCUUUAUUCUAAUUUUCACACAAUACUUAAACCCAAAUUAAUACUAGUAAGAGUAGCAUCCCAAUUUUUACCCUAACAGUCGACAUUUUGCAUGCUUCCUUACUUUUAGCACCAAUACAAAUGUAAUGUAUCUGUCAAAUGUACACACCUGUACUGACAAAUGACUGAUCAAACAAAACACACGUGUAUCAGAAGUGGGUGGGGCAGAAAAGUGUCAACACCGAAAGUGCCCUCAGCUUACCUCUUCUCUUACACCCUUUGAUAGAUUAGUACACUGCCGGCUUAUCGGCCGCUAGCAAUAAUAGAUAAAAAUGUUUAGUUAGUGCUUAAGACUCUUAACACAAAAUGCGAUGCUACCUUCACGCAUUUCUCCUGUGCCUGCUUUUCACCCUCUUUUCACUGCUGUAUGUGUUCAGCCAGCUCGCCUCCACAUUGGAGGACAGCGACAGCAGGGGUCUGAGGGAGCAGAGGGUAGCGGACAGAAGCAGUCAUGACACCGGGUACCUUCUCAGGAAAAUGCCAGGACUGGAAGGCCUUCACGAGCGUCAAGGGGGAGUUAACAGGUGUAAGUCACAGUCAGUUUCUUACUGGAAUCCAUAUUGGAGACUGCCUGCUGAUGUUUGUGGAGUGAACUGCUUUUUUGGAUCAUCUCUUAGAGAGAAGUCAGGCUCUGCAGUCGAAGGACAUAGUGAUGAGAGAAGUCACCUGGCUGUGGUGGCCUGUGGCCCCAGGCUGGAGGAGACUCUCACCAUGCUGAAGUCUGCUGUUCUCCUCAGCAAAAAGCCUCUACACUUUUACAUCUUUGCUGAGGACGACUUACAAGACAGCUUCAGGAAUGCUUUGGAAUCAUGGCCCAGGAUAGUUCGGACCAAGUUUAACUUCACCAUCUAUCCCAUCACUUUUCCUGAAGAGAAUGCAAAAGAGUGGAAGAAACUCUUCAAACCUUGUGCCUCCCAGAGGCUUUUCCUGCCUUUGAUCUUGAAGGAGGUGGAUUCUUUGCUCUAUGUGGACACGGAUAUCCUUUUCCUGCAACCAGUUGAGGUCAUCUGGUCCCUUCUUUCUCAGUUUAAUUCGAGCCAGUUAGCUGCCAUGGCUCCAGAGCAUGAGGAGCCUCGCAUCGGCUGGUAUAACCGUUUUGCCCGCCACCCUUACUACGGCAAGACAGGCAUCAACUCAGGAGUCAUGCUCAUGAACAUGACACGCCUCAGGGGGAAAUAUUUUAAGAAUGACAUGACAGCAGUUGCACUGAAGUGGGAAGAAAUUCUGAUGCCCCUUCUCCAGAAGUAUAAACUCAAUAUCACAUGGGGGGAUCAGGACCUUCUAAAUAUCAUAUUCAACCAAAACCCAGAAAGCCUUUAUGUGUUCCCUUGCCAGUGGAACUACCGUCCAGACCACUGUAUAUACGGCAGCAACUGUCACCAGGCUGAACAAGAAGGUGUCUUCAUUCUCCAUGGUAACAGGGGAGUUUACCAUGAUGAUAAGCAGCCAGCUUUCCGAGCUGUCUACGAAGCCAUCCAAAAGUAUCAGUUUGGUGAGGACAUGGAGACCACACUGCUUCAGCCCCUGGAGGAAUCACUGAAAAGCACAAAAAAUACGUACUGUGGCAGAGCCAGUCAUCUGUUUACUAAGAAGUUGAAAGAAAGCAUCAUGUCUGUUCAAAAAGAUGCCCCACAGAGAUGAUCAGGAC